UCAUAAUUUAAAGUCUGUCUAUACAUAUUUGUAUGUAACUUUUUAAUGAAUUUUUAUACAAAACUUAUACGUAUUUAGGAACAAAGAAAGUAACUAGCAAUGCUGUGAGUAGAGAUAUAGGGAGAGAGAUUGGGAUCUAGAAAUGUAUAGGUCUCCCGCACAACAAUGCAAAAGCUAAAGCUGGGUGGUACGUACUAUCCUAUAUAGAAAAAACAUAUUGGAUCGAUGAAUCUAGAAAGAUGAGCAGUUGCGUGCAUGUGGGGGCUGCAUAAUGCGUUGGAAUCAGCAUGCAUGCAUGCAUUCUUCUCUCUCUAGCUAGUCCUUGUUUGUUUGCUGGCUACUCCAUGCCCAUGCCCAAUGCAUACAUGGAGCUAGCUGAGAGCAUGCAUCGUCACCGCCCCGUCAUUUGGAUUUGGAAUGUAGCUGACCACCUACCAACCUUAAUUUGAAUUCCACAUGCGAGCGAUGUAUAUAAUAAGUUGGACCUCCUGCCUUCCACCCAUAUAUUGUUCCCUGCAUCCUUCUCUCAUUCCCUUCUCUUGUGCUGCCAUCUGCUCUGCUAUCAAUUUGCAAUUGAUUCAAACAUCCCAUCGCCAUGGGCGAGCAACUAGUCACCAAGGAGGAGGAGGAGGAGCCCAACAAGAUCAAGCAGGAGGAAUCACCGGCACCCGCACCGGCACCGGCAGAGGAGAAGAAGGACGACACUGCAGCAGCACCGCCAGCCGAGCAAGACAAACCCAAAGAGGAACCACCACCGCCGCCGGUGCCGGUGCCGGUGGUACUGGGCGUGGAGGUGCACUGCACGGGAUGCGCCAAGCGGAUCAAGCGGUCUCUCAUCCGCUGCAAGGGCGUGGAGGCCGUCGACGUCGACAUGCCCGCCAACCAGGUCACCAUCAAGGGCGCCGUCGACCCGCAGGCCCUCUGCGCCCGCCUCCGCGCCAAGACCAAGCGCCACGCCACACUCAUCUCCCCCUUGCCCCCUCCCCCGCCGCCAGAGGGCGAGGAGCCUGCGCCGCCCCCUCCUCCGGCGCCGCCGCUCGUCACCGAGGCCCGCACCGUGGAGCUGCUCGUCAACAUGCACUGCGAGGCCUGCGCGCAGCAGCUGCAGACCAAGAUGAUGAGGAUGAAGGGGGUGGUCAGCGCCCAGACCGACCUCGCCGCCGGAAGGCUCACCCUCAGUGCCACCGUGGACGAUGACAAGAUCGUGCAGUACAUCCACCGCCGCACCGGGAAGAUCGCCUCCGUCGUCCCGCCGCCGGAGCCGCCCAAGGAGGAGGACCCACACCCACCUGCUGCUGCUGCUGCUUCUGAUGCAGAUCAGCCACCCAAGGAGGAAGCACCAGCAGGGGACGGCGAGAAGAAGGAAGACGGCAAGGCUGCUGCAGAGGCCGGGGAGGAGAAGAAGGAAGGCGAGGAGGACCAGAAGCCGGAGAAGCAAGAAGGUGUGGCGGUGGACGGCUUCCCGCCGGAGGAGAUGAUGAAGCGGAUGGUGUACUGGCCCUACGGCGGCGGCAUCCACUACAAGAUGCAUCCGGCCGACGCCGAGGAGGCUAUGAUGGCCAGGAGGAUGGCCAUGCCCCCACCUCUUCCGCCGCCACCGCACCACCACCACCACAACCCCUACGCCAUGAUGCAACACCAGUGGGCGCCGCCUCCUCCUCCUCCGAUGUACAGCAACUACAACUACGGCAGCAGCUACAUGAUGGAACGGCCGCCGCAGAUGUUCAGCGACGAGAACCCCAACGCCUGCGUCAUCUCCUAGCUCGGAUCCAUGCAUCGAGCUAGACGUGGAUCAUAUAUAUGAAGGUGAUGAUCGAUCCAUACACAUUUGUUUGUAUACUCCGACCUGAUUAUAUAUAUAUAUACUACUGCGUAGUUAUAAGCAGCAGCAGCAGGCAGCAGUACCCCGUACGUAUUAGCUACGAAAUUAAAGAGCGUGUAAGAUCUCGAUGGAUGAAAAGGUGAAGUAUAUAUAGUAUACUACCAACACCAAUUAGAAAAUCAAUGGAUCGCCCCUCUUUAUUUUUUUC